UUGAAGAUUUUUGUGGUAAAUUGUUUUAUGCCUAGCAUUUUCAUUUUGAGAACCGGUUCUGUUCACUCUUCUUGGCCAACACUCGGAGAGUAAGAGAGUAGUUGAGUGAGGUUCGUAGCUACAGAGACAGGGAGGGGCGAGGGGAAGGUGCAAACAUAAACAAAAACACAAACAAAAAUAUUUGCAAUACAUCAAGACCAUGGGAACACGUGCCCCGCCACCUUGUCCAGCAGAUCCUGGCUUGCCUCAAUUAAUUGAGGAUUUACAGCGAUUGUCUGAGGAUCAGGAUAGCGCUGAUGUGGUCUUUAUAUGCGGACGCGAGGAUGAGCGAAUAUAUGCCCAUCGCUUGAUGUUGAUGGCCCGUUGCAAGAGCUUUAAGCGGGGGGAUCCAAUUCCCAUACCGGGAUGUACCGUGUCACCAGCAGCACCAGGCACAUCGGCUCCAACCACAAUUCGUCUGCCGCACAUCAAUGCCGAAUUGUUUCGACAAUUUAUUUUGUAUGUUUACACAGCAAAGUUGGUUUUACAGGAUUCACAAGUAUUUCAAAUGAUGAUGAUGGCCCAAGAUAUGGGCGUAGUUGAAUUGCGUGCAGCUUGCGAAGAUCAUGUAAUUUCCACUUUAUCUGUGGAAAAUGCCUGUACAUUUUUAACCGCCGUCAUGGAUAUACACGAGAAAUCAGGAGCAAAAUGUUUUAUGGAACGCUGCAUCAUCUAUAUAGGCGAAAAUGCAGCUGAAUGUGUAAAGACGCAUGCCUUCCUCACACUGACAAAGGAUGCUUUAAUUAAAAUCAUAUCAUCGGACUAUUUUUGCCUGGCUGAGGAAGAGGUUUGGCGUUGUGUCUUAGCCUGGGCAAAAUACCAUGCUGGUGUCACCCAACCGACUGCCCAUUGGACAGAAGAGGAGCGUGCCCGCGUCUGUCAGCAUUUAAGCGGAGUUAUGGGUCAUGUUCGACUUCUGCUUAUCGAUAGCCAGGUGUUUGCCGAGGAAGUGGAACCCACAGGAGCAGUUCCCAUGGAAUUGUCACUGGAACGUUAUCGCUAUGCUGCAUUGCAUCCCAAUAAGCUGGUGGAGAACGAUAAGCGCUUGCAACCACGUCUAACGGUGGCCAUCAAUAUGUUUCCCGGCUCUGUAAUUUUACGCAACGAUAAAUUGCCUUUGCAGAGCAUUCUCAAUAGCUGGUUUGGUUCUCCAAAGCAAUGCUGGCGCUUGGUGUAUCGCGCCUCCACCCAUGGCUAUGGUUCCAGUGCCUUUCAUCGCUAUUGUGAUGGGGUGGCUCCAUGCAUGGUCAUUGGCCUGGGUGAUCAUGGCGAGAUUAGUGGAGGAUUCACAGAUGUGGCCUGGGCCAAAACCAGUCGAAAGGGUGGCUAUAUGCACUCUGAGAGAGCUUUCCUUUUUGCCCUCAAUCCGGCCAAUGGAGGCCAACCAGCCAAAUUUGAUAUAGUGAAGAAACCCUAUGCAAUCUGCUAUCAUCCAGACUGUGGACCAAUUUUUGGUGCUGGCGCUGAUCUGCUUAUAUCGAGUAAUUGCAAUGUAAACAUUGAUUCGUAUUCCAAUCUUCCACAUUCCUAUGAUGGCCCAGAUCUUACACUGUUUGCCGAUUACAAUUUCUGUGUUAGUGACUAUGAGGUCUAUACUGUGGCCUCACCACCAGCACCCGCCUUGCCGCCAGGUGUUCCCAUUAAACAGAAAUACGAUAGAUACUAAGUAAGUUGCAUCAGCUAUGAAUGUAUGUGUCCCC